AUGCCUCAUAAAACAAGCAUCGGUAUAAGUCGGCAAGUUGAUGAUGUGGAAUUAGGUUUUCUGUAUCACAUUGUGCGACAGCCGCUGAAACUUUCUGCGAUUAGCCCUGAGGAGACAUUUCUAGGCAUUCCGUAUUCGCACGUCAACGCCAGAGACAAUCCUGUGGGACCUGCGAAUGCGGACCAGUAUGAAGAUGAUCCAUAUCGGGAAGCCGUGACCUUUCACAAAAAAGGCAAUGAUGAUGCUGGUGUCAACAUGGAUAUGUGGGUUAAGGACAAAGAUGAUGAUGAGGAUAUUUACAUGGAUUUGCCGACUGCUAACGAUUAUAAUGACGCGGCUUACAAAAAGGAUCAGGUAAGUAAUGAACAUUCACUUUUCCCAUCCACUCAGUUGUUCCCAUAG